CACUCCCCUGCCUACUGCAGACGAGAAAAAUAGAAAGCAAAAGGAGUUCCAGACUUCGGAGAGCAACAAUGAAUACGGAAGAGGAGUCAGCAAUCAUUGUGUCCACACUCCGUAACGUCAUCGCCGGUACCACCGAGCAUCCAGAAAAUGUCAUGUCAGCUUCUACGUCCACCACCACCACCACCACCCACACCCAGCAAACUCAGACCCUGUUGUCACUCCCUCCUCCUGAAAAGUGUCCGCACUGCGACUACGACGGAUGUAUUGGGUGUAACCUUUUUGUUGGGCCGGGUGAAACGGAGGAUGCUAGGGGGAAGGUCAAGUUCAGAGGUGUUCGACAGAGACCCUGGGGAAAAUGGGCGGCGGAGAUUCGAGACCCACGCCGGGGCAUGCGGGUGUGGUUGGGCACAUUCGACACUGCAGAGGCCGCUGCUAGAGCUUAUGAUAGAAAAUCCUAUGAAUUCCGAGGAAUUAGAGCCAGGCUCAACUUCCCUUUAUCCGACUAUAAAAAUGAGAAAAAAUCAAACAACAUUAGUGAGGAAGGUGAGCCCAGUGCAUCGGACACAGCGGAGAAGAAAAAAUUGGAGAAUAUGAACGCUGAGACCAGUUCAAAAGAACUUCGAGAGUAGAUUAUGCAGGAUCUUCCUUCACACCAGGCUUACAUAUUUUAGAAACAAAGUCUGGGAUAGAAUAAGGGUUGAGCCCAUAUGCAUACGAGUAAACUUCCUAGUACGUAGUAAGCUGGUACUUAACUAGGUUUAUGAUUCAGUUCGUCGAUAUUACUGUUCAAGGCUCCGACCAUACGCAAAUGUUGCGCACGGUCUAUGUUGUUGAACUACCCAUUUGCAUGAUUUAUUGAACCACCAAUUUUCCUAAAUAGAUUUGGGAUCAAUAUAUAUAUAU